AUGGAUGUAGAUGAUGAAGGAUAUGUAGAUCGAAACGAAAAGAUCAACAAAACUUAUGAUGAUUCAUCCGAACGAGAGACUAUUGAACGUUUGCAAAAGAUAUAUCCUAAAAAAAGUCAUGAAGAUAUCCGUGAUGCUCUCCGUAGAGCAGGUACUGCUGUUGGCGCUUUAAGCUUGCUCAGUAAAAGUGAUGAUAACCAGAAAUACAAGCGUGUAAAGAUCAACAAAAUAGAUGAUGAAGAUGAAGAAGACGAAGAAGAUGAAAGAAACCGUAAGCGACUCUCGGAAGCACAAAGAGAUCGAUUGGUGCUCAAAUAUUUCAACACGUGUACUUCAAAGGACUUGCAGGAUGUCACUGGCUGUAAGCCUGAACAAGCUGAUAAAGUGGUGGAAGAGUUAAGACCAUUUAGCGACAUGGAAGACUUGGAAGAUAAACUAAAGAGAACAAAAGGAACCAGUGCUAAAUACAUCAACUCUUGUCAAGAAAUGAUGGAUGGAUAUACUGCUGUUGAUUACAUUAUUGAGAAAAUUGAAAGUGUUGGAUCCAAUUUGCGUAAAGUGCUUGAUGUUUGGGAAGAUCAUAGUAAGCAUGAAAAGGCAGAUGGCUUGCACAUGACAAAAGUCGAAAGAAAUAUGGAUAAGCAUAAAUUAAGUUCUGCAGAACAAGAUGCACUUGAAGGCUAUCUUACCAAGCAACCUGAUUGCGUCCCUAAAAAUUUGACUUUAAAGGAUUAUCAAAUCAUGGGAGUCAAUUGGAUGUUGUUGCUCUAUCGUAAAGGCAUCUCUGGUAUUUUGGCUGAUGAAAUGGGUCUUGGUAAGACAGCUCAAGUCAUUACGUUUCUUGGAAGACUCAAUGAACUUGGUGAAACUGGUCCUCAUUUGGUCAUAGUUCCCUCUUCUACUAUCGAGAAUUGGAUUCGUGAAUUUGAACGUUUUUGCCCUAAUCUAGUUGUACGUUUGUAUCAUGGUAGUGUGAAUGAAAGAGCCGAGCAACGUAUGUAUCUUAAAGAAGAAAGAAAAGAACAUGGAUUCCAGGUGAUUAUCACUACUUAUCAAUUGGCCGCUGGUAAUGCAGAUGAUCGUGUCUUUUUAAAGAAACUUCGAUGUCGCUCUAUGAUUUUGGAUGAAGGACACAUGGUCAAAAAUUGCUAUAGUGCUCGAUACAAGGCACUUAUGAGCAUUUCAACACCCUUCCGUCUCUUGCUGACAGGUACACCUUUACAAAACAACCUUCAAGAGCUUGUGUCUCUUUUGACAUUUAUUAUGCCCAACACGUUUUCAAAUUUUGAAGAAGAAGUACGAUCAAUUUUCAAGAUUCGAAACACUGGUGCAAACAAUGACAGUAAAAAGAAUGAAGGAAAAUCCAAUGUAUCUACUGUCCAGAUGUUGUCCAAGGAGCGAAUUCUAAGAGCCAAGAAAAUGAUGACACCCUUUGUCUUGCGCCGUAGAAAAGAAAAUGUGCUCAAGGAUCUACCAGAAAAGAUUCAAAAGAUUGAAUACUGUGUUAUGACUCAAAGACAAGAAGAAAUUUACUCUGACAUUAUCAUCAAGAGCAAAAAGACAUAUCAAGAAUCAUUAGAACAAAAAGACAAACAGCCAGUCAAGUCAAAAUCACCUAUGAAUGAGCAAUAUGAAAGUAUGAGAAACAUUGUUGUUCAUCUCAGAAAAGCAGUAGACCAUCCUCUUAUGUUUAGAAAUAUUUAUACGGAUGAUAUGCUCAAAGCGAUGGCCAAGAAGCUCAGAAGCGAUGUCAAGUAUUGGGACUCUGUAGAAGAACUCAUUUAUGAAGAUAUGACUGUUAUGUCUGAUUUUGAGCUGAACAAUCUAUGUAAAGAAGAAAAGGCUAUCAAAGAGUACCAGCUAUCAAAUGAGGAAUGGAUGAAUGCCGGAAAGAUUGACCAACUCAAAGUACUGCUUCCUCGAUUUAGAAAGCAAGGCAACAAGGUGUUGAUUUUUAGUCAAUUUACCAGAAUGUUAGAUAUUCUUGAACUCGUAAUGGAAACUAUGAAUGUAUCCUACCUUCGUUUGGAUGGAGAGACCAAAGUCAUGGAACGUCAAAACCUUAUUGAUGAGUUCAACGAAAAUGAAGAUAUUCAAGUCUUUUUGCUGAGUACUAAAGCAGGUGGUUUUGGUAUUAAUUUGACAUCUGCAAACAUUGUAAUUCUCUAUGAUUUGGAUUUCAACCCUCAAAAUGAUAAGCAAGCCGAGGAUCGUGCUCAUCGCGUUGGUCAAACAAAAGAUGUUACUAUUUACAAACUCAUCACAAAAGACUCUAUAGAAGAACAUAUUCUGAGAAUGGCUAAUAUGAAGCUACGUCUCGACAAGAACGUCUCAUCUAAUGAAGACGAGGAAGUUGUUGACGACUUAGAAGAUACAGAGAGCCAAAAGCAAAGCUUACAAUCUAUGAUCAAAGAAGCGUUCAUAUUAGCCGAUAGACGAAACAAACAGCAUUAA